AUGGGACAUAACACUGCCACGGCUACCAUAGGACAUAACACUGCCACGGCUACCAUAGGACAUAACACUGCCACGGCUACCAUGGGACAUAACACUGCCACGGCUACCAUAGGACAUAACACUGCCACGGCUACCAUGGGACAUAACACUGCCACGGCUACCAUGGGACAUAACACUGCCACGGCUACCAUAGGACAUAACACUGCCACGGCUACCAUGGGACAUAACACUGCCACGGCUACCAUGGGACAUAACACUGCCACGGCUACCAUGGGACAUAACACUGCCACGGCUACCAUAGGACAUACAUAA